AUGCCGUCCGCUGCCAAUACUGUCCAUCGCAGCCGCACACGCGGCAUCAAAAGAGAGCGCGAGUCGCUCAACUCACUUCCGUCUGACAAUGAAGUGACCUCAGAAGCCAACCGGGCCAGCUCACGGGAGCCAAGCACAAAUCAUUCACUUGGUUCUGCCACAGAUACCCCCGGUAUGGCGCCGCCGCUCUCCUACCGUCACAGCCGGUCUGAUGCUCCUACGGCAAGCGAACGCGCAGAGGAUACCGAGCCUCUGUUUCGCGAGGUGCGAGUGAUCCCCAGGAUGCCGGUACCGAGCGCGUGCCCCCAAGAAGAGGGCAGCUUCUUCCAAGAAUCUUUCAAAGACAUUGCCAAGAGGCUGAAAGCCUUCAACGAUGCUCUCGGUGAGCUACAGCAGCUGGGCGUCUCUCACGACGUCCAGCUACCCGAGCUCGUUAUGGUCGGAGACCAGAGUGCAGGCAAGUCCAGUCUCAUGUCUGGUCUUGCUCAACUGGACCUACCCCGAAGUGAAGGGACCUGCACCCGCUGCCCGCUUCAUAUACGCGUCUCUAUGAGCCCAGAAUGGUCGUGUAGAGUGUGGCUUCGCAAAGACUACACCUACUGCCCUCCCGCCGACGGCAACAUCUUGGAGUCUGAUGUCACGGCGGCAGACCCCUUUUUUCCGUGGAAAAAGCAGCCGACGACGGGUGUUGUCGAGUUUAAGACCAUGCGCGACAACUCUGAAAUUGAAGAAGUCCUUCGCUGGGCACAAAUCGCCAUCCUCAACGACAACAAAAACCCUGCCCUGUACGUGCCCGGCUCGGGAUCCAUCGCUUCCAACACGCCCAUCUCUCAGGAGGCAGAUCGGACCUUGGCUAAAUUUUCCCCUAAUAUUGUUGCUCUGGAAAUCAAGGGUCCUGAUCUGCCCAACAUCUCAUUUUACGACAUGCCAGGCAUUUUUCAGAACCCCGCUGAUGCCCGCGAUGACUAUCUUGUCUCCGUUGUCACCAACUUGUCAAAAGCCUAUAUCCAGCAUCCAUCGGCGAUUAUCAUGUGCAGCAUGCCCAUGAACUCGGAUGCCGAGAACUCGUCCACCUUUGGCUUGACCAGAAAGCUCGGGGCCUCGGACCGAACCAUCGGUGUUCUCACCAAAGCUGAUUUGCUAGCCCCUGGAGAGAACCACGACCAAUGGCUCUCCAUCAUGAAAGGAGAGGCUCACAAAACUGGUCUCGGGUACUUCAUCACAUCCCGCCCUCAAAGCAAGUCGUUGGAGGAGCUAGGAAGAUGGGAGGAAGCCAUGUUUGUUGAGCAUAGCGUGGAAUCAUGGCCAAGCGACUUUCAUCAAUUCAACAAUCGCUGCGGUGUGGAGAAGCUCAAGACGUUUUUGUCAGAGAAAUUGGCGGACGCGUUUGCAAGCAGUCUCCCAACCAUUAAACGCAAAGUCGCCGGCCAUCUGCAAAAGGUCAACAAACAUCUCGCAGCUCUUCCAGAACUGCCUGACAAUAUUGAGCUAGAGGUGGAGUCAAGCUUGAUGCAGUUCUCCGAGAGCUGCCGCCAAGGCAUCGACGAGCUAAUUCGAUAUGGCGGCGUUCUCCCGACGGCCUUUCGCGAUUGUCUGCUACAUAUAAAACCGAAAUUCAUUCUGAAAGACAGGAGCGAUGUUCCUUUGGUGGAGAUCUCUGACGACGAUUCAGAUGCACCUCCACCACCAGCAACAACUCCGAAGCGACGACUGGGCGUAGGUCAAAUGACUCCAUCAUCCAAACGUGUUCGGCUUGAAAAUAGCGUGAACAUUUCUAAUGGCCACGUUGCAAACAUAAAACGAGAAGACACAACGAGUCCAUCCUCAGUAGCUGCGGCAGCCGUACGCGCUAAAAAGGCUAAGCUCCUUCCGCCGUUUGCAGACUUUAGCUCUCUGGGGAGUGGCUUCCGGACUCUUGCUCAAGUCAGGGCCGAGAUAACCGGCAAGAUGCAAGCUGGUACUCCCGACGUCAUCCCGCCGGAUGUUUAUCAGGGCAUGGCGAUAGAGUCUCUCCGCGUAUGGGAACAGCCGCUUCAGAGAUACUUAUCAGCAACCAUGAUUCAAUUGCAUGGAAAGCUUGGAGAGAAACUGGAUUCAUCGCUUAAUGGUCUGCGGAAACGUCUGAUCUUCCGCGAAACUGCAGAGCAUUUAACAUGCUUUCUCAAAGAGCAGCUGAAGCAGACCGAAGAAUUAGCUGCCCUAGUAUAUAAGCACGAGACUCAGCAGCUUAUUACAUUCCAGGAGGAGACUUUCAAGCUUUACCAGGGGUAUGAAGAGCAGGAGAUCGAGUGGUUUCGACACAAGAUGCGGUGCCAAGCUCGCUGUCCAGAGAUGCUGCGCCGACCUGUUGUCUGGACCAAAUUGAACGAGGAGCAGAGACAGCAGGAGUUAAAGGAGCAGGAGAAGGAGAAGGAGAAGCUCAAACUCGGACCUGAUGCCUUCGCAGACGAGGUCAAGGUAAUAGCGUAUGUUAGGGGAUAUUACCGACUCGCCGCGCAUAGGUUCGUGGACCGCAUGGCACAGCUCACACUCUGCGGUAUGCUGCCAGAGGUUCGCAAGCGUCUCGAUUUCGAGUUGCGAACUCGUCUGGGCAUCCGCGGCGGCAACGCCAGUGCCGCCUACCAGCGCUUGAUGGAGGAGGAUGCGGCCACGGCGCAGAAACGGGAACGCCUCAAGGCCGAGCAGGAAAAGUUUGUCCGGGCCCUAGAGACAAUACAAGCCCUAGAGGGUAACACGGGCCUCGAUGAGAGCAUUUACGACACAGCCAGCGCGUCCAUGUCCUUUCUGGGACGAGAUAGGGACGUUGUUAUGGAAGACUCGCAAACCACAAGCGAGUUCGCUAGCGGCGAAGCCUAG